AUGGUUUCAAAGAAAGAGUAAGCCUUCUGAUAUCAUGUUCAAGACCCGAGUUCAGCCAUUCCGAAUGUCAAAUUACGAAGGAAGAACUGAAGUGUUUGGACAAUUCUUCAUUUGAAGAUAAGAAUCCGAUUUCCACAGCCGAAGCCGGCGAAUCAGAUAUUAAUUCGCCUAGGUUUAAGGCCAGCUUAGGGGUCGUUUUAAGCUGCGGUACCAUAAGUCUGAUCGCGAAUGGCGUCGGAUUUUUGUGUACAAUCAUGAAGUUGGCAGUUGUCCCUCUUUGUUGGUUUCUCUUCGAAUGGUACAGAAUUCACGGAAGUCUGACUUUAACCAGGAAACUUCGAGCCGUCCUCAAUGUGGCCAGUGUGCUUGCCACUUAUCAGUAAGAAAUUCAUGAUCCCACGAUCUUUUUUAGAGAGUUUGACCCACUGUAUCAGAAGUUAUAUUCCGCCGACAUUUUCUGUAGCGAGUUGCCUCAGUUGAAUACUGACCUCCCACGGACCGCAGACGAAAGAUCGUAAGUCAGACCGUUAGUUAUAAUGCCCGUACAGUGAUCAAGACAAAAGCCCCCCAAAAUCCAAGUCUGUGGCCAACCGUCUUUCUGACAUAACUUUAUCUUCUAAGUAA